CGAAACGGCUUGGAAGUUGGCACUCAGAUGAUGGAUGGCCGAGAUUUGGGGCCUCCCCGGUCUGUCCACGGCCCCCCCCCUCCGCUACUGUCCGGGUUGGCAAUGGAGAGCCACCGGGUCGGUGCUGCCACGGCCGCCGGCCGCCUGCCUUCCUCUACUGGCCACCUGGGCCCCGGGAUGCCGGCUCCCCUGACGCCGGGAAAGUACAUGCCGUCGGGAAUCAACCUCCACUCGCACCCGGGUGAGGCCUUCCUGGGUGGGUUUGUGGCCAGCGGACUAGGGACCUCCUCCACACCCCAUGGAAGCCCUGCCCCUUUGCCCUCUGACCUUCCCUUCCGGUCACCUACCCCCAGCAACCUGCAGAUGGUGCACCUGUGGGCCGCCCACUCCCAUGAAGGCUUUUCCCAUCUGCCUAAUGGGCUGUACCCUUCGUAUAUUCCCCUGAGCCACCUGGAGCCCCCCAACAGCGGCAGUCCCCUUCUGGCCCAGCUGGGGCAGCCGGGCCUCUUUGACUCUCCGAAAGAUGGAUUCUAUCUACCGGGCCAGGUGGCCUUGCACCCCCAGAACCCUGUGUCUAGGACACCGGCCGGCCACUCAUCGGCCUCCCUGCUUCGGGACAAGGAGCUCAGCCACCUUCCCAAAAGCUCCCGGGAGGGUGCCACAAAGGAGCACAGCAAAGAACGGGCAUGUAGGGGGGACUUGCCACCACCCUUCAGCAAGAGGGACGGCAAGGCCAAGGAGGAGCCACGGCCUCGAAGCGUCGUGGACCUGACUCAGGAUGCCAAGCCUGAAGGGGAACGGAGACUGAGCGGGCUAGAGCGGGCUGCUAAGAUGAGUGACCGGCUCUCCCCUUUCCUGGCUGAGCACGUGGGCCACCGGGGUUUAGGAAGUGGAGAGCCCAAAUCCAAAAACCCCCUACAGACAUCCUCCCUGAGCAAUUGCAAUGGCGGAGGAGACCCUUUGCUGAAGGUUCUGGGUACAGAGCAGGACUGUUGUAGUAAGGAUCCCGCCCCGCACGAUGAGAACAUGAGGCCUGCGGUCCACGGCCACCUGGACAGAAUGAAAAGGGGCGAGGCUGUCAUCCCUGCCAUUACCACUUUGCACAUCUCAUGUACCUGCCCCUCUCCGCACCCUGCCCAGCCAGGGAAAAUGACCCCCUCUUCUUCUUCUUCCUCUUCUGCAGUGACAUUCCCCCCCCAGCCCGUCCAUUCCAACAUGUACACUAUCUUUCCCCCGGCCAAAGAGCCGGGCCGGGAGCACAAAGUCAUCGCCCCCACCUUCGUGCCUUCAGUUGAGGCCUAUGAUGAAAGGAUGGGUCCCAUCCAGAUUGCUUCACAGGCCCGGGACACCAAGGCUAAGGAAAAAGAGGUGAGCAAAGUGGAGGUGCUACAGCCCCCAUUGGAGAGGGGCCUGGCUGACCUCUCGCGUGCCCUCCUGCCCCAGGACUUCCCUUGCCCGGGCGACGCCAGGAGGGCAGAGGUGCUGAGGGAGAAGAACUCGGUCAUCCGGGCCAACUCCUUGGUGCUGAAGCGGCAUGUGACAUCUGAGCCCUUCCAGAGCCGGCCUGGGCUGGGGUCCCCAGAGAGCAGGGACUACCUCCCCUCCAAGGACUUGCUGAAGCCAGAGGUUGAGCACCGGGCGUGCGAGCGGGAACGCUUCUCCAGGGCGGGUGCCAAGGAGGCGGCCAAGGUCUAUGGCACCCUGGACCCUUCCCGUCAGCACCCGGACACCAGCCAGCUCAAGCUGCCCCCUGAGCAGAAGUGGAAGCCCUUUGAGAUGGGCAACUUUGCCACCACUCAGAUGGCGGUGCUGGCUGCUCAGCAUAAUCAUGUGAGCCGAGUGGAGGAGGAGGUGGCGAAGAAGGGCUAUUUGGACCCCAGUGGGCUGCAGCGAGUGUCAGUGGUGGGAGGUCCCCGGGGUGGUGGGGACCUCCAUCCAGUUUCUCACAGUGAAGGCUCUGCCAUGCAGAGCCUCAUCAAAUACAGCGGCAGCUUUGCCAAGGAGGCCUCUGCCCGACCCGGCAGUGGCAAGAAGAGCCCUUUUGGCGGACUGGGCAACAUGAAACUAGACCCUUCACAGCUAGGUACCGCUAAGGUCCAGCAGCUGCUCUCCCACCAAGGUGGCAAGCAGCUAAAGAGGGACCCUGAGAGGCCGGAAAGUGCCAAGUCCUUCGGGCGGGAGAGUAUUGGGUCACAGGGUGAGGUGGAAGUAAGGCACCCCCCUGUGGGAAUCGCAGUGGCGGUGGCCCGCCAGAAGGACAACAGCGGCAGUAAGCUGGGGCCCGGCCUGGCUGACCAGGAUCGUUCUUUAUCCCUGAGCAACAUCAAAGGACACAGUCGCUCAGACGAGGACUGCGGAGAUGACCGAGGCCGCCACAGGGAAGAACGCCUCCUGGGGGGAGGGCGCAUGGAGCGGGACCAAGAGAAGCUGCUCAGAGAAAGCAAGGAAUUAGCUGACUUGGCUCGGAUCCAUCCCACCGGUUGUGCUGCAAAUGGCCUCAAUCCUAACCUCAUGGUGACAGGGGGCCCAGCCCUGACUGGUUCUGGGCGUUGGUCCGCUGACCCAGCUUCCCACCUGGCUGCACACCCAUGGCUACCCCGGACUGGUAGCCCUUCCAUGUGGUUAGCAGGCCAUCCCUAUGGUUUAGGUCACCCUACCCUGCACCAGGGCAUGACUCCAGCUUUCCCCCCUGGCAUGGGGGGUUCUAUUCCUUCUUCUGCUUAUCAGUUUGCCAGGGACCCUCAGUCAGGACAGCUGGUAGUGAUCCCCAGUGAACACUUGCCCCAUUUUGCCGAGCUGAUGGAGCGGGCUCCCCCUCUGUGGCCCGCCAUGUACCCCCCAACUCGAAGCUCCCUCCAACAUGCUCAUCAGCUCCAGCUGCUGUCUCACCAGCAGUUGCUACGGCAACACGAGUUGUACAUCUUGCAGCAGCAGGCUGCGCACGCCAUGGAGCUGCAGAGGAGCGCCCAGCUGGUGGAAAGGUUAAAGGUCAACGAACAGCGAGCAGAGAUGGAAGAGAAGGCCUCCAAGCGGAGCCUGGAGAGUAGUAAACAGGGUCUCCCCUCCUCUGGUUCAGGACUUAUACACCGGAAACCCCCCGUCCUCUCACCCAGCACUUCCACAUCCUACAGCAAGGCUGUGAGCCCACCACCCUUGUCCCCUCGUGCCUCACCUGUGACAGUGCUCAAAGCUAAGGUGAUCCAAAAAUUGGAGGAGACACCCAAGCCGCCAGCUUACUCCUACCCUGCCACCCCUAGUUCUCACCCUUCCAGCCCUCCCCCUGCCUCCCCCCCUCCGACCCCCGCUAUCCCCCCCAAAGAGGAAGCUCCAGAAGACAUAGAGAAGAAAGACUUGGAAUUAGAGAAGGAAGCCUCCAGCCCAUUUCAAGACUUGUUUCCAGAGAUUCCUCCAAGAUAUUCAUUCCAGUCCCUUCCCACUUCUUUUGGGAGACAUUACCCAUAUCUCCUGCAGCCCACAGCAGCCUCUGAUGCAGAUGGGUUAGCCCCCGAUGUGCCAUUACCUGCUGAGGGACCUGAACACAUGGAGUUGUCCCCAGAGGAUAAGCCCCUUCAUUUGCCCCCAUCCAAAAUAGUAGAGACUCUCCAGGCCAGCCCUGAAGAAGAGCCCUUGGAGGAGAGGGUGAAGGCUGAGGUGGAGGAAAUGGAAGAGGGCCAGGAAGAGCUCCCUGAGCCAAACUUGGAGCCACCCAGUCCCCUGUCCCCAGCAGCUAGGCCGGCUCAAAGCCCAGAAAACUGUAGUCAUCUGUCACAGCCGGGCGAACCACUAGGCCCAAUGGAGCAAGAGCUAGAGGAGAUUCAGGAUUGCCCCCCAGAGUACCAGGUUGGGUCUUGCCCAUCUGAAGUUGAAGCUGAGACUCAGGACGAGGCAAGUGCUGGGCCAGAGGCCUGCUCCAUUCACAUGGAUUAUGAAGGCCAACUAGAUAAAGAUGAGGAAGACCUCCCACAAGUGGAACUUAGAGAGGAGUCGAAUGAAAAGCAGAGCAUGCCUCUGCCCAGUGGGCCUCCACCCAACGUGGAAGUACAGGAUAGGGACUCCGGUCCCGGGGGACAAGAGUUCUUCAGCCUGCCAGCAGAGGAGGCAGGACCAGUGCCAGCCAGCCCCCAGUACCCAGAAGAAGCCGUCCCCUGCCAACUUCCCACUCUGGACAUCAAGCCCGAUGACCCGUUGGCCGGUAUGAAUGCAUUGGUGGCGGCCACAGAGCUCCCUCAGGCCUACCCCCUGCUGAACACUGGUGGUGUCACCCAAGCCCUGGUGAACCUGGAGGUGGCUGAGAGCCUGUCCCUGGAGCAGAGCUUCUUACAAGGCAUCACUCUACUGAGUGAGAUCGCUGAGUUAGAACUGGAGAAGAGGAAACAGGAAGUUGAAAGUCCAGAGAGCUGCCCUGUGCGACCCACCCUUGAGAGCUUGCUAGCUGCCAGCACCCAGAUGUUGAUGGAGGUGCUCUCCAAUCCAUUCAUGGACCCUUUGAAGACCAUCAAGUUGCCCCGGGAACUGAACCCUAAUAAGAAGUAUAGCUGGAUGCAGAAAAAGGAUGAACCGAUGUACUCUAUCAAGUCUGCCAUUGAGAAUAUGGAUGCUAUGGAACUAGACUAUAGGAUGAGGCUGGCUGAGCUCCAGCGCCGGUACAAAGAGAAGCAGCGAGAGCUGGUGAAGCUACAGAGGCGCAGAGAUUCUGAGGAAAAACGUGAAGAGAAAAGUAGAAGCUUGGCUCGAAGAGGCCCUGGAAGGCCGCGGAAACGGAAGCAUGGAUCGAGUGCUCUGUCUCCUCCUCUGGAAAAAGGGAAGAGUGACAGCAAGAGUGGAAAGCUAAGCAAGUCUUUGCUGCUGUCGGAAGACUCUGAGAAUGGAGAAGGGAUGCGGAAGAGACACAAAGGGUCAAUCCCCGAGGACGAGGAGGAUGUAGACAGCGGAAUUGGGAAAGCGAAGGGGAGACACCAGAACUGGGACGAGCAUGAGGCCACAUCAGGCUAUUCAAAUGAGCUAAAGAUCAAGAAGAAGAAGGUGGCCAGUGACCAGGAGCAGCUGGCAACCAAGCUGGAUAAGGCCCUGUCCCUCACCAAGCAAGACAAGCUGAAGUCACCCUACAAGUUUUCAGACAGUUCGGGGGGGAAGCAGAAAAGUAGUGGGGUUAGCACCAGGUACUUGUCUCCCCAUGACACUCUGCUGAGCAAGGAAGAGAAGAAAGCCCUGACCAAGGGCCUGAACCUAUCCCUAAAACCCUCUAAAGAAGGUAAAAAUAAAUUCGCUGCCAAAAUGAAGAUGGAGGUGGGGCUAAAGGUCAAAGGUCAACUGAAAGUUUCCCACUCACCUGUGAUAUCGGAAAUGAGCAGCUUCUCCUAUAAUACGGACUCAGAGGAAGAUGAUGAAUCCCUGAGGGAUGAGUGGCCUUCACAGUCUCCUUCCAGCUCCAAAACGAGACCUUCCAGUCUCUACAGCGUAGUGGCCAAAAAAAGCGGCAAGUCGACUGGAGGUCUCAAACCACCCAAGAGGGGCGUGUCUGCCACCAGAACUCUCAAAGCUAAGCAGGCCACAAGCAGAAAGCAAUCAUUUGGUUUGCUACUCCAAGAAGCUGAGGCUAGAUCUUCCUUCAGUGACUCUUCGGAGGACUCAUUUGAUCAAGAUUAUAGUUCUGGAGAGGAGGAAGAAGAAGAGGAUGAUGAUGAAGAAGAGGAGGAAGAAAUGGACAGCUAUGGGAUGAAUGGCCCCAACAGGCUCUCAUCCCCAUCCUUAGAUGAGAGUGGUUUGGGGUUGCUGGCCCGAUUUGCAGCCAGUGCCAUGCCUAGCCCCAUUGUGGCUCCCCCACUUUCCAUCGUCCAGUUGGAAGCCAAACAGAAGGCAAAAAAGAAGGAAGAGAGACAGAAUCUAAUGGGGACUGAAUUUGAGUACACCGACUCAGAGAGCGAAGUCAAGAUAAGGAAGAAAUCCCCACCAGGGCUGCUUCGUGGAAAGAAGGCACUGAUGGAGCAGGGGGGAGCCCCACCUGCACCCUCUGCCAGUACCCUGGGGGUCAGCCCUCCUGGCCCAGAGAAACCCAAGAUUGCCGUGGAGAAAGGGCGAAAGUCAAAGAAGCUUAAGUCCCCCAAGGAGUCAAGCUUUGAGUUUGGGCUGGAGGUGAGCGACGAUGAUCUGUGGAACAGGCGCCGGAGUGAGCGGAUUUUCCUCCAUGACGCUAGCGCUUCAGCCACAACUCUGUCCCCUGCUUCUUCCACCCCUGUCUCCAAGGGAAACCGCUGUGGCAAAGGGACCCCACUGAGCCCCAGAAAGGAAGGAGGCAAAGGGAAGGAGAGGAAAGAUCUCAGCAAGCAGAAGAAGAAGGGGAAGGAGAGCUGCUGUUCUUCCAUGUCACCUCCCGGCAUCCCCUCCCUGGCCCCCGAGUCUCGGACUUCCUUAACCAGCUCCGUGGCCAACAAGAAGAACAAGGCCAAGGCUAAAGGGAAAGAAGUGAAGAAAGAGAACCGAGGGAAGGGAGGAGCUGUGAGUAAGCUGAUGGAGAGUAUGGCAGCUGAAGAGGAUUUUGAACCCAACCAAGACAGCAGCUUCUCUGAGGAUGAGAACUUGCCUCUGAGCAUGCUGGUAGAGCGGCCGCUGACUCCAGCUCCCCGAUCCUGUAUCAUUGACAAGGAUGAGCUGAAGGACGGACUGAGGGUCCUCAUCCCCAUGGAUGACAAGCUGUUGUAUGCUGGGCACGUGAAGACUGUGCACUCGCCUGACAUAUACCGGGUGGUGGUGGAAGGAGAGAGGGGCAACCGGCCCCACAUCUAUUGUCUGGAGCAACUCCUGCAGGAAGCGAUCAUAGAUGUGAAGCCACCUUCAAUCAGAUUCUUGCCAGAGGGAACUAGGAUUGCAGCAUAUUGGAGCCAGCAGUACCGCUGUCUCUACCCUGGCACUGUGGUCCGAGGGGCGCUGGACCUUGAGGAAGAUGGGGAUCUGAUCACGGUAGAAUUUGAUGAUGGGGACACUGGGAGGAUUCCCAUAUCUCACAUCCGCCUCCUGCCACCAGACUACAAGAUUCAGUGCGCAGAGCCCUCCCCUGCCCUCCUCGUGCCCAGUGCCAAACGCCGAAGCCGAAAAUCCAGCAAAGAUGCUGGAGAAGGAAAAGAGGGCAGCUCCCUGGGGUCAGAGGAAUCUGGAGCUAAGGGCAAAGGUCGUGGGCGGAAACCGAGCACCAAGGGCAAAGGCGAAGAGGCGAGUCUCCCCGAAGAGGUGGCCCAGACUGACCCUGCUCCAGGUGCCUCUUUGACACAGGAGAAGCCAGGCAGCCUGGGCAAGCCGGCCACCAAGAACUCCAAGAAGAACCCAGCAGGGCUCCCUGAGGAGAAGCGCAGCAAAGCAGCCAAGAUGAGGAUGCCCCCCAAAUUGCAUGGCCCAGCGCCACCCUCUUUCCAGACACCCACAUUCAGUAACGCGUUGGCCCCAGAGGCUUAUGGGGAACUGACGGCUUUCAGCGCAGCUGACAGCCCCUCCUCAGGGAGGUCGAAAGCAAAGAAGGGCAGGGUGGCAGAGGAGGCAGCUGAGUUUGGCCCAGCCUCCAAGAGCUCAAGGAGGCCAGCGGAGAGCGAGCUCCUCAUCAAGCUGGACCACGAAGGGGUGACCUCCCCGAAGAGCAAGAAGACAAAGGAGGCCAUGAUGUUGCUGGAGGACUCUGGCCUCAGCGGCCGAAGGGAGAGCAAGAACCUCGUGGGAUUGGGCGGCUACUCUUCCCUGGGCAGCGGUGAGGCCAAGGCCAAGACCGCUCGAGGGAAGGCCCCUGAAGAGGACGCUUUGGCACCCAGUUUUUCAGGCAAGUUUGAUGGCUCCGGGGACCCGCUGACCACCACUGAGAAGGACAAGGGAGAUGCGGAGGCAGCAGAAGCAGCGGAAGAGUCGGAGAGCAGCAGCAGCAGUAGCAGCAGCAGCAGCAGCAGCAGUUCAGAGACCGAAGGGGAAGAGGAGGGAGACAAGAAUGGAGGGGACGCCCGUGGAGAGGACAGUAGCUCCUCCAGUUCCCGGGCCUCCAGCCCAAUGUCCUCCUCCAAUUCCUCCUCCUCUUCCUCUUCCUCCUCCUCCAGCAGCAGUUCCUCCUCCUCCUCUUCUUCCUCUUCUUCCUCCUCUUCUUCCUCCUCUUCCUCCACCUCCUCCAGCUCCAGCUCCUCCUCUUCCUCCUCCUCCACAACGGAUGAAGAUUCCUCCUGCAGUUCGGAUGACGAGGCCGCUGAGGAGGCCCAGGCCGGCCCGUCCUCUGUCCAGCCAGACCUCCCUCCCAAGGCAGCCAAGCAGGCGGGGAAAUCUCGGACCUCCUCCCACCCUCCCGGCAAGAAGCAGCCUCAGCAGCCCCCGACCCCUCCAGCGCAGAAGGCGCAGCCCGGGGGCAGCAAGAGCCGCCCCAAGAAGCGGGAGGGCAUCCACCUGCCCACCACCAAGGAGCUGGCUAAGCGACAGAGGCUGCCGUCUGUGGAAAACAGGCCCAAAAUUGCCGCCUUCCUCCCAGCCAGGCAGCUGUGGAAGUGGUUCGGCAAACCCACUCAGAGGCGAGGCAUGAAAGGCAAGGCCAGGAAGCUCUUUUACAAAGCCAUCGUGCGAGGUAAGGAGAUAAUCCGUAUUGGCGACUGCGCAGUCUUCCUGUCGGCUGGCCGGCCCAACCUGCCCUACAUUGGUCGCAUCCAGAGCAUGUGGGAGUCAUGGGGGAACAACAUGGUGGUGAGAGUCAAGUGGUUCUACCAUCCUGAGGAGACCAACCCCGGCAAAAAGCUCAAUGAAGGCAAGCGCUGGGAUCAGAAGUCAGGGAGGAGUGUCCCCACAGCCCUGCAGACCUCCAGCCAGAGGAAGGACUUCAUGGAGCGAGCCCUGUACCAGUCAUCACACGUGGAUGAGAAUGAUGUUCAGACUGUCUCCCAUAAGUGUCUCGUUGUGGGCCUGGACCAGUAUGAGCAGAUGCUGAAGACCAAGAAGUACCAAGACAGCGAGGACCUGUAUUACCUGGCAGGGACCUAUGAGCCCACCACCGGCAUGAUUUUUAACACAGAUGGAGUCCCAGUCAUCUGCUGAGUUGUUGAGAAAGGGGGAGAGAUCCUAGCCAGCCCAACCAGGAUCUCUCUCCGCCCUGGACAGAGGGAUCAGAAAAGGAUAGAGAGGGAGAGAGAGUGAGAGAAAGAGAGAGAGAGAGAGAGAGAGAGAGAGCUAUAUAGACGACAUGAUUGUUUCUUUCACUUGCCUAACCUCUGAGUUGUUGGGUGGGGGGAAUCACAUAGGGACAGCAAAUGCUCAAGAAAGAGACUGCAGAUGCCUUCGAGACAGCGCCAAGGACAGACUCUCCCCCCAACCCCCGCUCCCUUUGCCGGCCCCCUCACCCGGCUGCCCGCAUAGAAAGGGCUCAUGACCAGCUGCCUUCGCCUCCCCUGGGAAAAAAGCGGGGAGAUUCUCAUGAUCACUGCCAUGGCGAGGGAGACUCUGCGUGCGUGUUCGUGAGUGUGUGAGUGAGUGUGUGUGUGUGUGUGUGUGUGUGUGUGUGUGUGUGUGUCUCCAGCCUCCAUUCAGAAUCCUGAGGUGCCCUUGGCUGGGGACAUGGGAGAACCAUCAGGGUAUAUAUAUAGCUGAUGCUCCCUCACCCUCCCAGUUGUCCUGGAUGGAGAGGGAAGCCCAGCUUCUCUUGAGCACCUUGGACAUGCUUGGUUAUAAGGAUAAACAGCAGGUGGUCUUUUCACUCCGACUGCUGCCCGGGCCCUGGAGGACAGUGCUUUAGGAACGUCAAGCUGUCUUUUACAGUGGUCUGGGCAGCAGCAGAAGGAACCUAAGAGACACUCAAGAGGGGAGGGCCCCUUCAAUUCAUGUUUGAUCACAAAUUGACAAAAUACAGGAUCUCUGGGUAGCAGAAGGUAAGGGAGAGGGGAAGGGUUCUAAAGGAACCCAAAUGGCCCGGAUUCAGGAUCUGAACUGCAUGAGAACUCUUUCCAAGGAAACUCCCAAGUCCGGAUGUACUCGUAGGUGGAAAGAUCUGUUUCCCAAACUCAGAGCUGGCCUGGCUCCCAGGCAGUGCCGUUGGGAGCUUUAUGACCAGAAGAACAAGCCAGAGGGGAAUCAGAUACCAGCAUCCCUCUCCCCAGCCUGCUUAUCACCAACCGUGGAGGGUGACUGGUGAUGUUGUGGUUCACCCCAAGCAGGCUGUCCCAAUCCCUGUUUGAAAGCUGCAUCUCUGCCUCUCGCCACACUGCUCCACCAACCCUAAAGAUGAAGCUCCAAUGGCCUGUCUGUUCAUGGAGAAUUCCCAGGUGCCCCACAAGGCCUGUUCAAUCAGCAGGCUUGAAGGGAUCAUGACAAAAAAAAAAAAAA